CUGUGCAGGGUGAAGUGCCGCAAACUUUUUUUUAUUUUAUUGUUUGUAAAGCUUUGUGUUUUUCGUAUGAUUUCGUUUAUUUUAUUUAACGUUAUUUUGCCACAACCAAGUGAAAUAUGUUUUAGAAAACUUUGAGUGUUAAUUUGAUGUAGCAGUUUGUUUAUGUGUGUUUUGAUUAUUUCGACAUAAAUGAAGGUGGACAUAGUUUGGAGGCGACGCGCUGCCGUUAACGUCGCAGGCAGCUUGGCGCUGCUGCUAUGGGCGGCGACGGCGCGCGCGGCGGACCCGCUGGGCCCGUCGGACCGGCCCGAGGCCUACUUCAACGGCAGCUCCUACAUCCACCUCUCCCGCCCCAUAUCGCUCAAGCAACUCGUAGGACUUAGCUUUAGAACUUGCGUUGGUGGUGAGCUAUUCUCCCAGCGCUUCGAGCGGUACACGCUGCACGUCACCGCUUUAUACGAGCAGGUGGUCGUGUCGUGGGCGCUGCCGACGCAGGCCACGCGCGAGGUGGGCCUGGCCAAGGAGACGCUGGACAACCGCUGGCACUGGGUGGCGCUGCGCUACCGGCCCGUGCCGCCCGCGCUGUUGUUGGAGGUGGAUCACGACACUCAGGUGAUCUCGAACGUGACGUGGAACCCGGAGCUGCUGUCGCCGGAGGCGCUGGAGGCGGGCGGCGCCGUGCUGCUGGUGGGCAACGUGUUCAGCGGCUGCAUCCACGAGGGCCCGCAGCUCGAGUUCCACGCCGCCGCCGCGCAGUUCCGCAACGUGCACUUCGGACACUGCCCGCUCACCACCGACGAGUGCAAAGACAGAAAAGAUGUUUUAAGAAUCCCACCUAAAGACCACUGUUACAAUGAACCCUGCUUGCGACACGGAACGUGCAUAUCACGACAUGACCGGUACGAGUGCCACUGCACAGCGCGCUACACAGGCAACAACUGCGAGGUGGACGCGGGCGACCCGUGCCGCUCGGCGCCGUGCCAGCACGCCGGCCGCUGCCUCGAGACGCCGCGCGGCGACUACACCUGCAGCUGCCCGCCCAACUACCACGGUACCCGCCGCUCUUGUACCCUGUACCCCGCAGGCGUACCUCACAACAACUGCGAGGUGGACGCGGGCGACCCGUGCCGCUCGGCGCCGUGCCAGCACGCCGGCCGCUGCCUCGAGACGCCGCGCGGCGACUACACCUGCAGCUGCCCGCCCAACUACCACGGUACCCGCCGCUCUUGUACCCUGUACCCCGCAGGCGUACCUCACAACAACUGCGAGGUGGACGCGGGCGACCCGUGCCGCUCGGCGCCGUGCCAGCACGCCGGCCGCUGCCUCGAGACGCCGCGCGGCGACUACACCUGCAGCUGCCCGCCCAACUACCACGGUACCCGCCGCUCUUGUACCCUGUACCCCGCAGGCGUACCUCACAACAACUGCGAGGUGGACGCGGGCGACCCGUGCCGCUCGGCGCCGUGCCAGCACGCCGGCCGCUGCCUCGAGACGCCGCGCGGCGACUACACCUGCAGCUGCCCGCCCAACUACCACGGUACCCGCCGCUCUUGUACCCUGUACCCCGCAGGCGUACCUCACAACAACUGCGAGGUGGACGCGGGCGACCCGUGCCGCUCGGCGCCGUGCCAGCACGCCGGCCGCUGCCUCGAGACGCCGCGCGGCGACUACACCUGCAGCUGCCCGCCCAACUACCACGGUACCCGCCGCUCUUGUACCCUGUACCCCGCAGGCGUACCUCACAACAACUGCGAGGUGGACGCGGGCGACCCGUGCCGCUCGGCGCCGUGCCAGCACGCCGGCCGCUGCCUCGAGACGCCGCGCGGCGACUACACCUGCAGCUGCCCGCCCAACUACCACGGUACCCGCCGCUCUUGUACCCUGUACCCCGCAGGCGUACCUCACAACAACUGCGAGGUGGACGCGGGCGACCCGUGCCGCUCGGCGCCGUGCCAGCACGCCGGCCGCUGCCUCGAGACGCCGCGCGGCGACUACACCUGCAGCUGCCCGCCCAACUACCACGGUACCCGCCGCUCUUGUACCCUGUACCCCGCAGGCGUACCUCACAACAACUGCGAGGUGGACGCGGGCGACCCGUGCCGCUCGGCGCCGUGCCAGCACGCCGGCCGCUGCCUCGAGACGCCGCGCGGCGACUACACCUGCAGCUGCCCGCCCAACUACCACGGCCAGCACUGUGAACUGGAGGUGUCGCUGGACCCGCUGUGCAUGGAGGGCCCGUGCCGCAACAACGGCAGCUGCAGCGUGCCGCCCGGCGCCGCGGACUACGAGUGCGCCUGCCAGGAAGGCUACACAGGCCGUAACUGCGAGAUCGACGUGGACGAGUGCGCGAGCGCGGUGGGCGGCACGGGCUGCCUGCACGGCGGCCGCUGCCUCGACGCCGUCAACAACUUCACCUGCGACUGCACCGGCACAGGUUACACUGGCGCGCGCUGCGAAGUGAACGUGGACGAAUGCGCGGAAGACCGCACGGUGUGCGGGCACGGCGUGUGCUACGACACCUACGGCGGCUUCGUGUGCGCCUGCCAGCCCGGCUAUACCGGCGAGCGCUGCCACAUCAUGUCAGCGUGCGCAUCGGGCCCGUGCGGGCUGGGCGGCGCGUGCGUGGAGGAGAGCGGCGGCCUGGGCUUCCGCUGCGUGUGCGCGCGGGGCUGGGCGCCGCCGCUGUGCACCACGCCGCUCCCGCCGCCCGCGCCCGCCGCCGCCCCCGCCGCGCCCGCCGCCUGCGCUGACGUCACGUGCCCGCCGCGGAGCCACUGCGCGCCCGCGCACGCUGCCGGCAUGCCAACAAUGAUGACCGGCGUGGUGUUGAAACAAGUCACUUGCGUUUGUGAUGUUGGAUAUUUUGGCGCCCCCGGCCCGUCUCCGAACUGCAGCACGAUCGAGGCGGCGUGCGAGGCGGGCGCGUGCCUCAACGGCGCCACGUGCGCGCGCGCCGGCGACGCGCUCGCGUGCGAGUGCGCGCCCGGCUUCAAAGGCGCGUACUGCGAGCAGGCGAUACCGGCGCCGGCGCCGGCUGGGGCGGGCGCCGGCAAGGCGCUGGGCGAGCUGAAGGCGGGCGGGGAGCGCUGCGCCGCCGCGCCGCCGCCCUGCGUGCACGCUAAGGCCUGCCACGACCUGCCGCUAGGCUUCCGCUGCGAGUGUGAGGCGGGCUGGACGGGCCCGCGCUGCGACGUGGCGGCGGCGGCGGGCGAGGGCUGCUUGGCCCGGCCCUGCCUCAACGGGGGCACGUGCCGCGAGCCCGACGCCGCCUGCGAGUGCCGGCCCGGCUACGAGGGCGCCGCGUGCGAGCUGCCUGCCGACUGCCGCGCCGCGUCCUGCCCGCACUACCAGCCCGACGCCGCCUGCGAGUGCCGGCCCGGCUACGAGGGCGCCUCGUGCGAGCUGCCUGCCGACUGCCGCGCCGCGUCCUGCCCGCACUACCAGCCCGACGCCGCCUGCGAGUGCCGGCCCGGCUACGAGGGCGCCGCGUGCGAGCUGCCUGCCGACUGCCGCGCCGCGUCCUGCCCGCACUACCAGCCCGACGCCGCCUGCGAGUGCCGGCCCGGCUACGAGGGCGCCGCGUGCGAGCUGCCUGCCGACUGCCGCGCCGCGUCCUGCCCGCACUACCAGGAAUGCGUGGAGCAGAACGGCGCGUGGCGCUGUGCGCUGGCGCCGGCUGAGAGCGCGUGUGCGUCUUCGCCCUGCCACAACGGCACCUGCCUCGCGCGCGACAACACCUACCACUGCCAGUGCCCGCCCGGGAACACCGGGAGAUUGUGUGAGUUGGACAUCGAUGAGUGCGCGCGGUCACCGAAGAUCUGCAACAACGGCGUGUGCGUUAAUGUGCCAGGGUCGUAUCAGUGCUACUGCCGGCCAGGGUACACGGGCGACAGCUGCGAGCAAGACAUCGACGAGUGCCUGUCGUCGCCGUGCAAGAACGGCGGCACCUGCCAGAACCUGGAGAACAACUACGAGUGCACCUGCUUGGAAGGGUUCGAAGGCAAGGACUGCUCGGUGAACAUCGACGAGUGCGAGGCGCAGCCGUGCGCGGCGGGCUCCACGUGCGUGGACGGCGUGGCGGGCUACAGCUGCGUGUGCCGCGACGGGCUCACCGGCGCCAACUGCGAGAUCGACAUCGACGACUGCGAGUCUCAGCCGUGCUUACACGGCGGGCGCUGCGUGGACGGCCUCAACGGGUACACGUGCGAGUGCGGCGGCACCGGCUACAGCGGCGCCGACUGCGGCACCAACGUGGACGAGUGCGCGCCGCAGCCCUGCCGCCACGCCGCCGAGUGCGUCGACGAGCUCAACGCCUACCGCUGCGUGUGCCGCCCCGGCUACACCGGCAAGGACUGCGAGAUAGACAUAAACGAGUGCGAGGGCGAGCCGUGCAAGUAUGGCGGCAUCUGCCUGGAGCGCUCCAACGCGAGCCUGUACCGGCCCGCGGACGCCCCGCCCGUCGAGGUGGGCCCGCAGCCGCAUAUGCUGCUGCCCCGGUCCUUCUACCAGCCGUUCUCGUAUGAAGAUGCUCAAGGGUUCGAGUGCGUAUGCGUGGCGGGCACGAUGGGCGCGCGCUGCGAGGUGAACAUCGACGAGUGCGCGUCGAGCCCGUGCGGGCACGGCAAGUGCGUGGACGGCGUGGGCGCCUACUCCUGCGACUGCGCGCCCGGCUACGAGGGCGCGCACUGCGAGACCGAGGUCGACGAGUGCCAGCGGUGCGUACUGUGUCUAUGUCCCGUGAACAUCGACGAGUGCGCGUCGAGCCCGUGCGGGCACGGCAAGUGCGUGGACGGCGUGGGCGCCUACUCCUGCGACUGCGCGCCCGGCUACGAGGGCGCGCACUGCGAGACCGAGGUCGACGAGUGCCAGCGGUGCGUACUGUGUCUAUGUCCCGUGAACAUCGACGAGUGCGCGUCGAGCCCGUGCGGGCACGGCAAGUGCGUGGACGGCGUGGGCGCCUACUCCUGCGACUGCGCGCCCGGCUACGAGGGCGCGCACUGCGAGACCGAGGUCGACGAGUGCCAGCGGUGCGUACUGUGUCUAUGUCCCGUGAACAUCGACGAGUGCGCGUCGAGCCCGUGCGGGCACGGCAAGUGCGUGGACGGCGUGGGCGCCUACUCCUGCGACUGCGCGCCCGGCUACGAGGGCGCGCACUGCGAGACCGAGGUCGACGAGUGCCAGCGGUGCGUACUGUGUCUAUGUCCCGUGAACAUCGACGAGUGCGCGUCGAGCCCGUGCGGGCACGGCAAGUGCGUGGACGGCGUGGGCGCCUACUCCUGCGACUGCGCGCCCGGCUACGAGGGCGCGCACUGCGAGACCGAGGUCGACGAGUGCCAGCGGUGCGUACUGUGUCUAUGUCCCGUGAACAUCGACGAGUGCGCGUCGAGCCCGUGCGGGCACGGCAAGUGCGUGGACGGCGUGGGCGCCUACUCCUGCGACUGCGCGCCCGGCUACGAGGGCGCGCACUGCGAGACCGAGGUCGACGAGUGCCAGCGGUGCGUACUGUGUCUAUGUCCCGUGAACAUCGACGAGUGCGCGUCGAGCCCGUGCGGGCACGGCAAGUGCGUGGACGGCGUGGGCGCCUACUCCUGCGACUGCGCGCCCGGCUACGAGGGCGCGCACUGCGAGACCGAGGUCGACGAGUGCCAGCGGUGCGUACUGUGUCUAUGUCCCGUGAACAUCGACGAGUGCGCGUCGAGCCCGUGCGGGCACGGCAAGUGCGUGGACGGCGUGGGCGCCUACUCCUGCGACUGCGCGCCCGGCUACGAGGGCGCGCACUGCGAGACCGAGGUCGACGAGUGCCAGCGGUGCGUACUGUGUCUAUGUCCCGUGAACAUCGACGAGUGCGCGUCGAGCCCGUGCGGGCACGGCAAGUGCGUGGACGGCGUGGGCGCCUACUCCUGCGACUGCGCGCCCGGCUACGAGGGCGCGCACUGCGAGACCGAGGUCGACGAGUGCCAGCGGUGCGUACUGUGUCUAUGUCCCGUGAACAUCGACGAGUGCGCGUCGAGCCCGUGCGGGCACGGCAAGUGCGUGGACGGCGUGGGCGCCUACUCCUGCGACUGCGCGCCCGGCUACGAGGGCGCGCACUGCGAGACCGAGGUCGACGAGUGCCAGCGGUACCAGCCGUGCGCGCACGGGCGCUGCUACGACGGGCGCGCUACGUACUACUGCUCGUGCAGCGCCGGCUGGGGCGGGCGCAACUGCUCCGUGGUGCUGGCGGGCUGCCGCGACCAGCCCUGCCGCAACGGCGGCGCCUGCCUGCCCUGGCUGCAGCACGAGACCAAGCACCUCUUCAACUGCUCCUGCACGCCCGGCUACCACGGGACCACCUGCGAGCAGAUAACAACAAUGUCUCUCGAAAAGAGCAGCUACGUGGAAGUGAACACGAGCCGCGAGGAGGGCUACGACAUCUCGUUCCGCUUCAAGACGACGCUGGGCUCGGGGCUCCUGGCCAUGGGCCGCGGGCUGACGUACUUCAUCCUCGAGCUGCUGCACGGCCGCCUCAACCUGCACUCCAGCCUGCUAAACAAGUGGGAGGGCGUGUUCAUCGGCUCCAAACUCAACGACUCCAAGUGGCAGAAGGUGUUCGUGACCAUAAACUCGUCGCACCUGGUGCUGGCGGCCAACGAGGAGCAGACCAUCUACCCCAUCAGCCAGAACGAGGCGUACAACUCCAGCGUGACGUCGUUCCCCACCACGCGGCUGGGCACGGCCGGCUCGUCCUACGCCACGCUCACGCACGGGCCCAACUUCUUCGUCGGCUGCUUCCAGGACGUCGUCGUCAACGGCCAGUGGGUCCUACCCGAAGACACAAACAACACCAGCUCAGAGACCACAACCGAAGUAUCCAGCUCAUCCGGCAUAGAGGGCGAGGCGGGCUUACCAGAGGACGGCGAGAGCGGCGUCGCGCGUAUCUUGCACGGCGUGCAGGCGCACUGCCCGCGCACGCCGCAGUGCAGCCCCAACCCCUGCCAGUCCGGCGGCGCCUGCGAGGACCACUGGACCACCUUCGUGUGCAGCUGCCCGCGCCCGCACCUCGGCGGCACCUGCCAGUACAACUACACAGCGGCGACGUUCGGGCAGGAGUCGGCCAAGCCGCGCUCGGUGGUGGUGGUGGCGGUGGGCGCGGCGGCGCGGCGCGCGGUGCACGCGGCGCUCGACAUCUCCAUGUUCAUCCGCACGCGCAAGUCCACCGGACAGAUCUUCUACCUCAGCUCGCUGCCAAGGGAGGGCCAGGAGGAGACACAAGUGAGCGCGUCGCUGUUCGGCGGCGAGCUGCUGGUGCACCUGCGCUUCAACCAGACCUCCGAGAACUAUACCGUGGGCGGCACGCGCCUCGACAACGGAUAUCUGCACCUCAUCGAGGUCGUGAGAAAUGCCACUUUGGUGCAAGUGAAGCUCAACGGUACCGAAUACUUCCGCAAAUCUAUAUCGGCAGCUAAACAACUCGAUGCACAGGUGCUGUACCUGGGCGGGCCUCCGCCGGCGGACGCGGCGGCGCACGGCGCGGCGGCCGGGCUGCCGGCGCCCGCCGCCUCGUCGCCGGCGCCGGCGCCCGAGCCCGCCGCCGAGCCCGAGCCCGCCGACGACGCCGCCUACUUCAAGGGCGUCAUACAGGACGUGCAGGUGUCGAACGGCGUGAACGUGACGAUCGUGGAGUUCUUCCCGCUGCAAGUGCCAGGGCUGUCGCUGCCGCCGCCCUUCGGCGACGUGUGGCUGGAUCCUGCUGGCGUGCUGGCUGGCGUGCAUUCCGACGAUGCUUGCGCUUCACGCCCCUGUCAACACAACGCGUCGUGCAGCAACACAUGGAACGACUACUCGUGCGCGUGCCCGCGCGGCUACAAGGGCAAGCAGUGCUCCGACGUGGAGUUCUGCCAGCUGCAGGGCUGCCCGCUCAGCUCGCACUGCCGCAACCUCGACAACGGUCGCGGCACACAUGGUGACGUCACAACACGUGGCACGACUACUCGCGGCUACAAGGGCAAGCAGUGCUCCGACGUGGAGUUCUGCCAGCUGCAGGGCUGCCCGCUCAGCUCGCACUGCCGCAACCUCGACAACGGGUACGAGUGCGUGUCAGACGCGACGUUCGACGGCGUGAACACGACGCUGUCGUACAAGAUGCGCGUGCCCACGCCCAUCGGGCUGGCCGAGCCGCCGCCGCGCCCCGACCCGCCCACCUCGCUCACCAUCACCUACAGGACCAAAGUGGGCGGCACCUUAUUCCACGCGGAACUUCGGGACCCGGCCGGCGGCGAGCCGAUGUGGUUCACGGUGUCGGUGUUCGGCGCAGUGGUAGGCGUGCAAUGGCGUCUCGGCGCGGGCGUGCCGCGCGUGGCGCGCCUGCGGGCCGGCGCGGCGGCGGGCUGGACGUCGCUGCGGCUGCGGCUGGCGCGCCGCGAGCUGGCCGGCUACUUCGUGGACGCGGACGGCCACGAGGAGCUCGGCAUGAAGGCGCCCGUCGACGCCGCCGCCUGGCAGCGCCUGCUGACCGACGGCGACCUGCACCUCGGCGGCGUCGGGCCCGCGCCGCCUACGUCUGCGCCACCUACUACACUGCCGCCGCAGAUGGAUAACACAACGGACCCCACUAUGUGGGAAAACUCGGAGGGAGAGGACUUCGCCGCUGAUAACUCUGUUGGACUUUAUUUCAAGGGCUGCAUGGGCGCGGUGCACGUGGGCGCGCUGCUGCUGCCGUUCUUCACGGAGGAGGAGCUGUUCGUGGGCGCCGCCGCGCAGCUGCUGGCCUCGCAGCCGCACUAUGCGUUGAUGUCCGGACGGCCGUGGGGCGCGGCGGAGGGCGUGGCGUGCGCGCUGUGCCUGGAGCAGGACUGCCAGCGCGGCGGCCACUGCGCCGACCUGCGCAACUCCUACGCCUGCGCCUGCCCGCCCGGCUACAGCGGCGACUACUGCCAGGUACCACACAGCUGCAGUAUACAGGACUGCCAGCGCGGCGGCCACUGCGCCGACCUGCGCAACUCCUACGCCUGCGCCUGCCCGCCCGGCUACAGCGGCGACUACUGCCAGGUACCACACAGCUGCAGUAUACAGGACUGCCAGCGCGGCGGCCACUGCGCCGACCUGCGCAACUCCUACGCCUGCGCCUGCCCGCCCGGCUACAGCGGCGACUACUGCCAGGUACCACACAGCUGCAGUAUACAGGACUGCCAGCGCGGCGGCCACUGCGCCGACCUGCGCAACUCCUACGCCUGCGCCUGCCCGCCCGGCUACAGCGGCGACUACUGCCAGAUCGACAUAGAUGAGUGCGCGGAGAACCAGUGCCAGAACGGAGCCACGUGUCAGGACGGAGUGGCUUCUUACACUUGCCUGUGUCCCGAAGGCUUCGACGGAGAAAUGUGCGAGCGCGACAUCGACGAGUGCGAGAGCCAGCCGUGCCUGAACGGCGGCGCGUGCAGCGAGCGCGCGGGCGGCUACACGUGCGCGUGCGGCGCCGAGUGGAGCGGGCCGCGCUGCGCCACGCCGCGCCACCGCUCCUGCGCGCACCGGCCCUGCGCGCCGCACGCGCUCGCCUGCCGCGACCACCCGCCAGAGCCGGCGACGGGCAACAACUACACGUGCGUGUGCGCCGAAGGCUGGGAAGGCGUGCACUGUGAGGCCGCCUUCUGCGAGCUGACGCCCUGCCUGCACGGGGACUGCGUCGUCGACAACAAUACGGUGUCGUGCGUGUGCCAGGAGGGCUACAGCGGGCGGCGCUGCGAGACGGAGCGCGACGCGUGCCUGGAGGCCGGCGCGUGCCUGCACGGCGGCCGCUGCCUGCCCGCGCGCCGCGCCGCCCACCGCUGCGACUGCGCCGGCACCGGUGCGUAUACCCACCCGCUCGCCUGCGCAGCGUUUACGCGGCGGCUGCUGACCGUCGAAUUUAAGGUAGUCUUUCGAAGCUGGACGGGCGCGAGCUGCGAGCUGGACGUAGACGAGUGCGGCGCGGGACUCGUGAGCUGCGGCCCGGGCGAGUGCCUUAACCUCGAGGGCAGCUACACAUGCAUAUGCGCCCCGGGCUUCUGCGGCAACGAAUGCGCUUUACGCGACCCGUGCUUCGAGCCGGCGACGGUGACGGUGACGGACGAAGAAGCCGGCGGCAACACGUCGCUCGGCCCGUGCCGUCACGGCGGCCGCUGCGAGCAGCGCUGCACCGCCGCCGCCGCAUACGUGUGCCACUGCGUCGACGGCUGGGGCGGACACAACUGCACGCAGCAGGCGGUGGCAGCAGGCUCGGAGAGCGGCGCGUCGGCGCCGGUGCUGGUGGGCGUGGGCGCGGCGCUGCUGGCGCUGGCGCUGGUCGGCGCGGGUCUAGCGGCGCUCGCUGCACAGGCGCGGCGCAAGCGAGCGACGCGCGGCACGUACUCGCCGUCGGGGCAGGAGUACUGCAACCCGCGCGCCGAGAUGAUGCACCACGCGCUCAAGCCGCCGCCCGAGGAGCGCCUCAUCUAGCGCGCCGGGAACACGCGGCCGAAUCAAGCCGACGCACGACAUAAGAUGUUCAGUGCGCGACCUUAACAAGGUGGCUCCUUCCCCGAGCGUGUGUGUCGGCUCGGCGGCGACGAACAAAGCGACGUCGGCGGACGUCCACUCAACCAAAUGCUGGUGUACUUGUGAAACGUGCGAGUGUAAUAUUUUAUACGUGUGUGACUGUGCGUGUGGUGACUUAACUCGUAGGUUAAGGUCGGAGCGGGCCCGUCGCAAAUAAAUUCGCAGUAAACGGCUGCGAACCGAAAUCGGUGGGCCCGCUCCGUUUAGUACUUAAGAAUAGACAAAUUUAUAUACUGACAAAAAUAAUUUUAUUAGUAUCGAAUAUUUGCGCACUCCGUGCGACCCGUAGUACAUAAUAUAUCCACUCGAUCAUGUACCGAUUGAACGAUGUGCCUGAAAUGCAAAAUUUUAAAUUUUUACUUAUAAUUGUAAUGUAUUGUGAUCGUAUGCAAAGCUGCGACUAUGAAAUAUUAGUGUAACGUAAGAUAGGGACGGGUUUAUGAGAUGGUAAUAUCAGUCGCGGUGAAUACGGGGAUGAGCGUAGAUAGUAAGGCGUCGGUGUUCUGUACACGCCGCGCGCCGGGCCCGCGCGGACCUCACUCCACUACUGCUGCCAGCGUUGCCAGACGUCCCGAUUUUUAAAUCAAAUUUAAAUGUCCCGCGCGGGACAGGCUCAGUCCCGCUUUUCGGAGAGAGACACUCACUUCACCAGACUAUUGUUUGAAACGCCAUAUUAUUCUAAAGAAUAAAACUUUUUUAAUUUCGAUUUUUGUUUUUUUUUAAAGACGAAUUUAACGAUAGAGUAAAUCUGAUUUAAAAUAUUAUUUUUUUUGUUAAAAUACAUUUUCUAUGGCUACUUUUGCUAUCUAUUGUCACAUAACGUAAUUUUAAGUCUAAUAAAAAGAUAAAUAUUUGAAAACCUUUGAUUAUAUACGUUUUUUUACUAUGUCCCGCUUCUGACGGAAGAAUCCCGCUAUUUUCACUCAAAAAGUACCAAAGUCCCGCCUUGGCGAAAAAAAAAACUGGCAACGCUGACUGCUGCGGAGGCAGCUCGCGUCGACAACAAUACUCUGUGAUAGCAUAAAUCAUAAGCGCAGGCCGCCGCGGGCCCCGGCGAACUUAGCCAGUAAGUUAGCUGUAAGGAAACGAAAAAGCGUGCAACAUUCUAAAUUACAUUGUAGUGAAGGCGGCGCCGCACACGCCCGCGCCCCGCCCGCCCCGCGCACGUCUGCACUGCUGCUCUCAUACUUGCGCUUCUACUGUUCUUAAAAUCGAAGUCGACAUUUAUUUAUUGCGACACUAACUCGGGGGUUUUCAGUUUGAAAACCAGCAAGCUCAAGUGUUGACAGCAUCACUGUAUUAAGGGCCGAUUCUACAAUUCUAAUAGCUAAAUCACUGAAACCUUCUAUGGGACCACUGUUUUAAUAUUACUUGCAUAAUUAUCAUAGGUGUAAUAUUGUAGUAUUGGUAGUGUUUCGUCGGCCUCCUCGAAAGGUUUUCGAGUAGUAGAAGCGGCCCCGCGUGCGCGGCGCGCGAAGCGGCGGCUGCCCGGCGGCGCCGCUAGUGCCUUAACCACAAGUCUGUAUAUUGAGAGUUCUAUACAAUUUUAUAAUCACAUUAGGCCUCGCGGCACUCUCUAGUUCGUAAGUACACUUAUCUGUACAGUAAAUUAUGUAGACUCGUAGGGUGAGGCGAGGAGGAGGUAUAUAGAGGACAUAUUUACCCGCGUAACCGAGAGUAUUAUCUAUGAAUUUGUACCUUUAAAUUUGCUCAAUCGAGAGUACUUAUGCAUUCCGACUUGUGAAGUUUUAUUUAGAGAUCUCCAAUGAAUUGUUUUUUAAGUGACAGAUUUUUUAUAUUGUGAUAUUAUGUUUGAGCUGAACGGACGGACUACGCGCCAAUAGACGUUGGCAACCUUGCGAACGAGUAAGGCAUAACAUAACAAACAACUGUACUUAGUUAUGUGUAUUAACUUAUUUCUGUAUAAAUCUUAAGAUCACAAUAAUUCUAUUUAAAUAGGAUUUUUUCAUAUUAUAAUUUAAAAAAAAGUCUAUUGGCGCGGACUAUACUUAAUUAUUAUAUUUCUUGUGUAACCUUUAUAUGCAUUUAUUUAUUGUAGCCUCUUGUCGGUUAUUUUCUUUAUUGUAUAUAUUUUACUCAUUGUACCUUUCAGUUUUACAGUUACUAGAAAAAAUAAUGGAAUAGAUUUAGCUAGCCUUGUUCAACGAGGUUCAUGGUAUGUACUUAUUUAUUAGUAAUUGUAAAUACUUUGCCUUUUACUAUUCUGCAGAUGUAUAAAUAUUAUUAUCAAAGUACCUGUAAGCCACAAUAAAAGACUAUUCGUGCAAGAUUACCGAAGAUGUAAGAUUUUAAUAAAAGGCGACGUAACAAAAAGUGUCGUCAAGAGAGAUCUUGCACUAAUAGCACAUAGUAAACAUAGUAAUCCUGGCACUGCGUCCUUUUGCAUAUAAUUGUACAAUCAAUAGUUCGUAAGGAGUCUGUGUGACAUUUGUGUCGGAAUUGACCCAUCUGCGGAAGAGGCUACUGCAAGCAAUGUUACCGUCCACGUACGUAGCUCGAUGAUGUGUGUUAUUGCACCUGCCUAUUGGCGUUUACUCAUUAAAGGACAUUCUGUACAA